CGGAAGAUUCAAAACGAAGAUGGCGGCUGAAAAUGAUCCUCAAAACAAUCACAAACUGGACAGAAGCCUCAGGGUGAACCUCAACUCCGCCGCCGUGUUUCUUUGUGACAGAGGGACAAAGUGCAGUGUGUUUAUCAGCCAAGAAAAGCCAAAGUCCAGUCAACCUGUGAUCUUUAACCCGGACUUCUUUGUGGAGAAGCUGAGACAUGAGCAUCCACAGGCCUUCGCGGAUUUGAUACUUAGCAAUGUCACUCGGCUCAUAGACCUUCCAGGGGAUGAGUUUGCCCAGCUCACUGGAGAGUCUGAGCCCAGGGUGCCCUCCUCCACUGGCUUUCUCCGCUCCUUGAACUUCCUGAAGCGUAAAGACAAAGGAGUGGUUUUUGGUGCACCGUUAACUGAAGAAGGAAUAGCACAGAUCUAUCAGCUCAUUCAAUACCUGAGAAAAAACCUUCAAGUGGAGGGGUUGUUCCGUGUGCCAGGCCACAGCCUAAGGCAGGCAGCCCUGAGGGAGAUGCUGAACACUGGGGCAGAGAUAGAUCUAGAGGCAGGCGACUUCCACCCCAAUGAUGCAGCCACAUUGCUUAAAGCCUACCUGGGAGAGCUGCCAGAGCCUCUGCUCACGCACAGACACUAUCAUGCUCACCUGAAGAUUGGAGAGCUCACUCGCUUUGAUGACAAGGGGGAUAAGACGAAUGUGCCUGACAAAGAACGCCAGAUUGAGGCAUUUCAGCUGCUUUUCAUGCUGCUCCCACCAGCCAACCGCAGCCUGUUGAAGCUGCUGCUGGACUUGUUGUACCACACUGCUCGCAAUCAGCACAUCAACAAGAUGUCUGCGAUUAAUCUAGCCAUAAUGUUUGCUCCACACAUCAUCUGGCCCAAAAAUGUGACGGCGAGUGAUCUGCAGGGAAACAUUGAGAAACUGAAUAAUGGCAUAGCGUUCCUAAUCAGGCACUCACAAAAACUGUUCAAGGCACCUGUGUAUAUCAAAGAAUAUGCCCGCUUAUACUUCACAGGAUCAAAAUCUCUUCAAUCAAAGGAUGACUUGAUGCUUUGUUCUGGAAGACAAGAUGGGCCAUUAGCUGUGCUAACAGCUGCGGCCUCUUCUCCCUUUGCGAGAUCAAUCGGAAGUGAGGUUAGCAACACCUGCGCCACCAGGUCACCUGAGACUCAGAGUUAUACUGAAUCUGCCCUCAGAGAGCUGUACCAGCAGGUCAACGACAUGCCUGAGUCUGCCAAAAAGAAGAAGCUCAUCAGACAGUUUGAAAAGCAGCCUAUAAUGACACCUUCAGCGGAUUCUCGUACACCAUUCAGCAGGAAACACUGGCGCUCACGUUCUUUGGGUGGAAUUAUCAAGAGGAAGGUGUUGGGAAGCCACGUAUUGACAGAGAAAGAAAACAGCAGACUGCAGAGUUCUUUACACAGCGGUUCUAUUGAUGUCCAGGGAACAGAAAACACCAACUGUGAUGGGGAUUAAUCGUCUUUAAAAGAAUGCGCUGUUCACAACUAAGGAAACUUCAGUAUCGCUGUUUACUAGGUCUAUUAAAGGAUCUUCUUGAGGCAUUGACGCAAACUAAAGAGUGUAAUGCACAGAGUACAGCUUUGUUUUGACACCGUGUUUAGAUCUGUACUCAGCUGUUUUUCUCAAAAAGUAAAUUCAAGUCUUAAAGGUUAUCAAGAUAGAAAGGAAAUCACCACAAUAUUUUGCAGUCUAGAAGUUUUACUUAGGCUAAGAGACAUAAAAGGGGUUAACGGACAAAACUGAGGAUGUUACAUGCUUUGUUUUAGGUCAAUGCAAGUGACCAUUUUUCUUACCCUCUUAGGUUCCCUCUUAAUUCCCUUAUUUCUUGUCCAUUUAUGUUGAUCUUGAGGAUGCAAAUGAACUGUAUUUACAGCAGUAAAUUUGUUGGUAUUUAGCUUUAUCAUUGACUGAAACAUGUUUUUAUUUAAUUUGCAAACCUAAUUGUAUUUAUUUUUUAUUGGUCAUCUGGAUGUUUCAAGUCCUGGAAUACAGUCCAUCAGAUCUCUUGGUAUAUUGUGAUGUGGAGGCUUUUUUUUAUGUAAACGUUACAUUUGCUUGUAAGUUGUAGUAAGUUUCGUUGGACUCACAUAGUCAGUGCAGACUGUUCAAAACCUUUAUUAGAAAAGUGGGGAAUUCAGCUACGUGCCUUAAAGUAAAUAUAUCUUUAGUUACUGUAUAAUGCAGUUUUUAUUUGACAUUAAGAUUUCUCCUUUUUCCCUGUAAGUACCCAAUAGCUUUCAGAGUAUGCUUAAAUGUUUACAAAGAAUCCAUUCAAGUGACAGUAAAGAGUGAAGACUAAUAGGGAAUGAAGAAUGGAGGAUGGGAGAUACUGAGUGAAAGGGCCAAAAGACCAGCUCAUGUAGAUUAUAUAAGGAUUUUUGUCUUUGUCCCCACGUUAGCUCAACACUUGGGUGUCAACACUGUGAUACUACUUCUUUAAACUAUAUAUUGCUUUUGGAUCUUAUAUUUUAGUUUUUCUCAGGACAUUUUUGAUUCUUAUGCAACAUUGUGUACAGUUUUAUAGCUUUAUAUGCAUUGCAUCUUUUCAGUUAUUCAUCUGUUUAGUCCAAGAUUUUUUAUUAUUUUUUAAAAUUUGAUUGUCUAUUUUAUAUCUCUUAUUUUCAAUGGUUGGCUGAAUGCAAAUGAAGAUGAAUCUGUUGCCUUCUAUUGUGGUCGUCAACCCAUGUGCUUUUUUGGAGCAUUUGAGCCACUUUUAAAACCUCCUUGGUGUCUUACUCUUUCAGUAGCAGUUUCCACUUCAGUGGUCACUCUGCCAAGCUGUUACAGUUUAACUAUGAUGUGAUAAUGGCCUCGUGGUCAACUUAACUGACCAUGUAAACAUACGAUAUUAAUAUUGAUGCUACUGUGAAGCUAUGCAACUCACUGUAAUUAAAAGACAUCAAGCUGC